AAUUAGCCGACAUUGACUGGGAUAAUCUUGGAUUCGGGUUCAUGCCCACUGAUUAUAUGUAUAUUAUGAAAUGUUCUCAAGGUGAAAACUUUUCUAAAGGAGAAUUACAACGUUUUGGGAACAUUGAGUUGAGCCCAUCUGCAGGGAUUUUAAACUAUGGACAGGGGCUGUUUGAAGGUUUAAAAGCUUAUCGGAAAUAUGAUGGCAAUAUUUUACUCUUUCGCCCCGAGGAAAAUGCUUUCCGAUUAAGGAUGGGCGCUGAGCGUAUGUGCAUGCCUUCUCCUACUGUCGAACAGUUUGUGGAAGCUGUAAAAGAAACUGUUUUAGCAAAUGAAAGAUGGAUUCCCCCACCAGGUAAAGGUUCUUUAUAUAUAAGACCAUUGCUAAUGGGGAGUGGAGCUGUUUUAGGACUUGCUCCAGCACCUGAAUACACCUUUUUGAUUUAUGUAUCUCCUGUGGGAAACUAUUUCAAGGAAGGUUUGGCACCAAUACAUUUGAUUGUUGAGACUGAAAUGCAUCGAGCAACACCUGGUGGUACUGGAGGAGUUAAGACUAUAGGAAAUUAUGCUGCAGUUCUAAAGGCUCAGAGUGCUGCAAAAGCAAAAGGGUUUUCUGAUGUUCUGUAUCUGGAUAGUGCUCAGAAAAGAUAUCUAGAAGAGGUGUCCUCUUGCAAUGUAUUUGUUGUGAAGGGUAAUGUGAUAUCUACUCCCGCGAUAAAAGGGACCAUCCUACCAGGCAUUACACGAAAGAGUAUAAUUGAUGUUGCUAUUAGUCAAGGAUAUCAGGUUGAGGAGCGGUUAGUUACAGUGGAGGAAUUGCUUGAUGCUGAUGAAGUUUUUUGUACGGGAACAGCUGUGGUUAUAUCCCCUGUAGGCAGUAUAACUUAUCUGGGUAAAAGGUAAUUUCCAUCUACAAGG